AUUUUAAAAUAGCGAAAACAAAAAUAUAAUCCAGCCCAUUAUUAUUAAACCCAACAAUGCCGCCAUUACGAUCCAUGGCAGCGGUAUAAACAUCCGUUUGUGAAAAUGGAAAUUGGAACCCUAGAAAAAAGCAAAGGUUUUUAAAGAAGUAGUAAAAUUAUCAUUGUGAAAAUGAUUUCCUUGCUGGUGCUCAUGCUGUGACAGAUGUAAAAUGACAUCUGGCAGUAGAAUUUAUCCAUCUAACAAUGAUAUUAGCAGAAAUUUUGGAAUGAAUGGACCUUCAUUAUCCAAACAAUCUGCAUCAUCCAUGAUGGCCCAAAUACCACUUAGUCCAUCAAAACAACUAGACAUUGGAGCAGCUAGCAUAAGUCAACAAAGGAAACCACCGUAUAAGAACCAUAUAUAUAGAAGUAAAGCAAAUGAAACUGAUCAACAAAUUUUAGAAGACAUACAUUUAAAGUAUGUUGAGUUUAUCAAGCGUCAUUUCCACCAAAAAGAAUGCAGUCUAUUUAUUCCAAUACCUGGACAAUGUGGAAAAGGAAAAAAAAUUAAAGCCAAAGAUCUAAAAUGCCACUGUGGUGAAGUAUUUAAUAUGCAUGCAGCCAAGCGCUUUAAAGGGCCAUUGAGUGGAUUACAACCUUGUCCUAAAGAGUUUGCUAAACUAUUAGAGUAUCCAGAGAAAGAAUUAACAGAAGAACUACCAGAGUCUUCAAAAGUUUGGAAUGCAGAUGAUUAUUUUGCAACCAGUACCACUAAUGCAUUUGGAAAAAUUGACUUUAAUGUUGAACAAGUUGGAGGCAAAAAGCCUUCUAAGUACAUUAGACUUACCCCAGAAGACAGUGUGGAUCACUGCAUAAAAUUAUUAACAGAACAUUGGCACAUGAUGAAUCCAGAGCCACCAAAUCUUGUCAUCUCUGUUGUUGGUGGAGCCAAAAAUUUUAAACUUGAUGGAAGAAUGAGAGACACAUUUUCGAUAGGUCUAAUAAAGGCAGCUAAAACUACAAAUGCUUGGAUGAUAACUUCAGGCUUCAACAUGGGAGUUAUGAAAGCUGUCGGUCAAGCUGUGCAUGAAGGACAGUCUUUUAGGUGGGACAAUGAUACCAUGAGUCAUGUCUUGCGUUGUAUUGGAAUAGCUCCUUGGGGAUAUAUAAAAGGAAGAAAGUUUCUGGAAAGCUCUACAGGAAUGGGCAAAUUCAAUGCCUACUACAGAACCAGCAAUCAAAUACAUCACAAGCAGCCUGUCCCUCUCAAUCCUUACCAUACUCAUUUUAUUUUUGUGGAUGAUGGUUACAGAGGAAGAUAUGGUGGUGUUGCUGAGUUUCGCUCCAAGUUUGAAAGAAAAAUUGCUGCACCCAAAUCUGACCCUGAUGGAGGCCUAGGAAUACCAUUAGUAUUACUACUUGUGGAGGGGGGUACUGAUGCUAUUCAAGAUGUAAGUGUCUCUCUAGCACAAGGCAUCCCUGUAGUGGUGUGUGCUGGUACAGGACGUGCGGCAGACAUUUUAGCUUAUGCUUACAAAAAUACCAACAUCAUACAAGGGAGCACAAAAACAAUGUCAGAUACUCAUCAAGAUAAAUUGGCUAGAAAAAUUUAUGCUGCCUAUAAAACCAAUUUGAAACCAGGGAAAGAAAAAGAAGAAUUGGAGAAUUUAAAGGACACAGUUAUUGGAUGUUGUCAGAGAGAUGAUCUGAUGAUAAUAUUUAACAUGAACAAGCAUGAAGAUUUGGAUUUGGCAAUAUUGUCUGUACUCUUGAAAGUCAAAUCAAAUGCUUCCAUGGAAAACCAGUUGAAUCUGGCUCUCACGUGGAACCGGGCUGACAUUGCACAAGAAGAAAUUUUCAGAGAAGAUGUUAUAUGGCCAGAUGGAAGCCUUGAGAAAUUUUUGACCCAAGCUUUAUUGGAGAACAAAGUUGAUUUUGUCAAACUUAUUCUGAAUAAUGGGAUUAUCAUGCAGGAGUAUCUGACAGUGGAACAACUGCAAAAUCUUUACAAUGCUAUUCCUAAACACUCUUAUUUAUAUUUGAUCUUAAAAACAUUUGCUAAAGACGAGAAAUUUAAUGUUGAUAUGAUUGGUAAAUUCAUUGAAAAUAUGAUUGACAUCUAUGACCAUGAUAUAACUACAUUGGAGGACUCACAAAAAAAGAAGUUGUCAAAUAGAACAAGCAAGCCUCUAAUCUCUGCAUUUCAGUCUGCCAUCAGUGAAUCGGAUGUUGAUAAUAAAACAGAAGUCAAUAGGUUUAAAAGACCAUACAAACAAUUGCUUGUUUGGGCAUUACUUAUGAAUAGAUGUGAGCUUGCUCUACUGUUCUGGGAGCUUGGCUCUGAACCUAUCACUAGUGCCCUCAUAUGUACAGCCAUCUGUGAAAAAAUGGAGUUUAAAGUUCCCAAGUAUUUAACAGUUGUGCGAAAUAGUUUUCAUGAGAUGAAAAAUAAGUUUGAACAGUUGGCAAUAGCAGUACUUGAUGAGUGCCACACAGUUGAUCCAGAUAAAGCAAUCAGUAUUGUCCAGCGUAACUCUCCUACAUGGAGUGGUCUCACCUGCCUGCAGAUAUCAGCAUCCUCUUUAGACAGGGCAUUUGUUUCAUCAGUUGCUUGUCAAAAUUCCAUCAACAACAUCUGGAAAUCUGGGAUAGUAGCUAGCUGGCCAAAGGUAUUUUUAGGAGCAAUAUGCCCACUGUAUAUCUUCAAGUUAGAUAUGGAGCACUCUGAUGAUGGAUCAAAAUUUAAAAAAAUUAUCAGCUUUUACUCUGCACCAUUAACAAAAUUUUCUAUGUACACUGCAUCUUAUUUUUGCUUUCUUAUUCUGUUCACCUACAUGGUUUUAAUGGACUUUCAUAGGAGUCCAACAGCCUCAGAGUAUAUUUUGUUUAUUUGGAUUGUCAGUUACUUCAUAGGCUCUAUACAUGCUUUCAUUGUUUUCCCUUCACCAACAAUUGCUGGCAAGUUUAGGGAUUACUUUGGCGUCAUGGACAGAUUAGAAUUUGUGAAUUUGCUGCUGGCUAUCAUUGGUUUUAUUGUGAGGUGGUCUUACGAGUAUGAUGGGAAAGUGAUCUACUGUGUAAAUGCUGUUGUAUUUUACAUUUGUGUCAUGAAACUGUAUACAGCGAACCGAAGUUUGGGGCCAAAGAUAUACAUGAUUAAACGUAUGCUCCUUGAGUUGGCCAUGUUUGUUAUGAUUCUGAUGGUUUUCCUCUUGGCUUAUGGUGUUGCUAGUCAAGGAUUGCUUUACAAAACCAGAAAGAAGGAGUGGAUCAUCAUGAAAGAUAUUCUGUACUUUCCUUAUUGGCAACUGUUUGGUGAACUAUUCUUGGAUGAAUUGGAGACUGACACUACAUGUACAGAUGAUCUUAAAAGAACUUUGAAUAUGACAAGCAUUCCAGAUGAUCUUAAUACAUGCCGUACAUACAACUGGCUUGUUCCUUUACUGCUUGCUUUCUACUUACUUAUUGGCAACGUUCUGUUGUUGAACUUGCUCAUAGCCAUUUUUAGUCAUGUUUUCGAUACAGUAGAGAAGAAUGCCAUUGAAAUUUGGAAGUUCCAGAUGUAUUUUCUUGUGAUGGAAUUUCAUAACAGACCUAUGCUCUUUCCACCUUUUAGUAUCAUACCUCUCUUACUGACAGGACUCAGAGCAUUGUGCAGCAAAAUUUUUAAGAAAAAGAAAGAUAAAAGUGAAAAGGUUGUGCAACAUACUCUGGAGUAUUUAUCGUUAUUUGAGAAAGAAAUGAUGGCAAACAAACAACGAGCAACAAAAGCAAAUAUUAUGCAGUCUUUGGACAUGAAGUUUAAUAUUUUACAAUCAAGGUUGGAUGAUUUGACUAGAAUUAUAGAAGAUGAUCUCAUGUCAGAACAUGUCACACCAGCAACAGAGCCAAAUCCUUCUAAACCUCUCAAUGUUGUGGAUGAUACUAGAAUAGUGGAAGAAAAUGAUAGCAAGAAACAAGAGCUGGAACAGGAUGCUGUAGAUGUGAAGAGGAAACAUAAGCAUAAGAAAAAGAAGAAAAAGAGAAAAGAUGAGGAUAGAAAGAAAGACAUUACAGUCAUUGUCGAGGAAGUAAACCUAGACAAUCCACACACUGUGAAACCUUUGCCACAAAUAAAAGAGAUAAAUAUAUCCCACAAUGAUAACCAAUCAACUCCCAAUCAUCAACCAGAGCCACAAGAUCUAGGAACUAUAUCCAGUGUACAUAAAACAUCCAGUGUUUCAAGUGUUUUAAGUCCAGGAGUUUCUCAGAAUGUUAAUUUUAUCCCUUUAGAUUCGGAUGAAGAAGAAAUUCCUUCCAACAUAUACUCACCAAGAGCCUCAUUAAAUAUUCAAAGGUCAUUUUCUCCUGCCCCAGUAAGUUUCUCUGAUGAAUCCUCUGGAAAUAGUCAUAGGUCUACUCCCAAGAAAAAACACCUAAAAACACGUCAUCAUUUGUCAAGGCUUAGGAGCCAUGAGGAAGCAAAACAAAUGUAUCAAAAACCUCAUUUCAAUAACUUUUCUCAAAACUAAUAUUAAUUUGCUUGUUAAAUUACAACCUUAAGAACUUUGUUUUUCUCCGAGAUCUCAUACUCCUUUCUUAAGAGUUUGUUGGUCCAACAAUACUACAUCAUUAUCUAGACAAUUGGUUUUCACAUGUUUUGUUUUUUUUAAAGCUGCCUUCAAGUGCCAAAAGUAAAUAUCAUGAGACCAUGAAUAAACUGAUUUUAUACUCAUGUUUUGACCUUUUUUCUAAGUGCCAUCUGGAUAUUUUUUGUCCACAACAAGGUUGACAUUCUGGAGGUGCUCCCUAGUGUAGCCCAUAUUCUUCUGUAGUUCAUCAUCAAAUAUCACAGCAUUAAGUUCCUUUGCUGUUGCUAGAGAAUACUAGGGCUAGAUAUUUAUAUCUUCCCUUUAUCUUCAAAUUGGAUUUCUUCAACCCACAUAUUGUGUACUUAUUUUAUUUUGUUUUUUAUUGAAAGCUAUAGACACCUUCAAAUUUCAAGGCUUCAGAAAGUAUUACAAAAAUGUAUAUUUUAUUUCAAAUAUUGUAUUUUGUUGCCUGUCAACUUCUCAAUAUUUCUAAACAUCUAGAAGUGUAUAUUGGUGAGGUGAACAAUCUUUCCUUGUACCCAAAAACAAACAAAUCCAUUCUUUUGAUCUCAGGAAAGCUAAUAGUGACCAAUGAUUAUCCUUUUAUUUAAUUAACUAAAUACCGCAACAAAUAAUUCACAAAUAUAUAAAACUGAGUAUUUUAUUCUGUCUGAUCAGAUGUUUGCACCAUUAGUUAAAUUUGUACAAUUUUUAACCUAUAGCAACUUCAGAGCUAAUCAUCAUCUUGAGAUUGUAUUUAAGAAAGAUGUGUAUGAAACAGAAUAACAUUGGCUUAACUCAAUCAUUUCUUUACUUAACCAUUAUUUUGACUUAAUUUGACUUCUCUUUAUUCCUGCAAUACAUGAUUAGUUGAUAUUUAUGUGUUUAUUGUUCACAAGACUAAAAACUGCUGACUUACAUUUAAUUUAUGAAGAAACAAUAUAUGAUAAUAUACUAUGUAUCAUAUGAUGUUUUACUAAGGUAGUAUACACUGUUUUUAAAAGGUGUGGUAAAUAAUUGAACAAUUUUCAGAAUUUCAUAAAUAUCAUGUUUUAAAAACUCAAUGUCUCCCGGUACAACUGCUGAUUUUUUAUUUAUUUUGUAUGCAAAAUGUUGUAUUUUUGAUAAUGUUAAAACUUAUUAAUUUUGUCAGAAGUAUUAUUUAGUUCUAAUGCCUCUGGCUGCAGGUGAAAAGUUGUAACUCAUAUUUGAUUAAUAAAGUUCAGAGAAAAAUAAAAGACAUUAUGCUACAACUUUUAAAAUCAUAUUUACAUUUAAGUCUUUGAAAACAAUUUAUUGUAACAGUUCUAUAUGUUUCGAUUCGAUUCCUGGAAAUGUAAUUAUACAACUCAUGUGUUUUGAUAUUUGUAAAUGUUAUUGUAAUUAUUUUUAGAAACAUUUAUAUCAUAGCUGAUUUUUGGUUAUUUAUUUUAUAAUGAGCAGUAUAAGCUUGCAAAUAUGUUUGGCAUUCCAGCUCUCUUUUUUUCUGUGAUAUUUAUUUUAUAUACACCAACAACUUAGUUAUGUUAGUUGGCAUUUAAAAGGAUAUGAUUUAUGAUAUUGCAAUAAUGAAUUUACCACAUUUUACAAUGCUGCUAUCAGGUUAUUUUUUAAUAGUAGAUCUCUAUGUUCAUCUGUUAUAGUAUUCUCAAAAGUACACCAGUACUACUUGCUCAACAGUUUGUUCUGUUGACAUUUAAAUAAAUAGAAAUAAUUCAAACCAAA